ACUCAGUUGAAGCUGCGCUUUGGAACUGAUCGCAAUGAAAUCGUUUGGAUUGAUAGUACUAGCUACCUGUGGCGUUAUCUGCGUCGCUGCGGAACCACAGCAGACCUACGACGGUCGCAAUGGACCGCAUGUCUUCGGUUCGCCGGGCAACCAGGUCUAUAUAAGGGGCCAGAACGAAGGAACCUACAGCGUGCCGGGUGUGGGUGGCCAGUUCGAAAACGCUCCUCAACGGGGUGAGCAUGUGUACACGGAUGAUUCGGGCAACACGUUUGUACACCGAAAGAAUGCUGGUGGACCAGCUUCCCACACCAUCAGUGGCCCCAGUUUUUCCGCCCAAAACGUAGGUCCCAGUGGAGCUAAGGUAGUGGGAAGCCCACAGCGUGCCCCUCGCAGUCCGCAGUUUCACGUAGAGCGUCCCGGUCGCACUGUUGACGUCGGAAACGGAGGAUUCUAUAUUCAGCGCAGCCGGCGCAGUCCGCAGCUCCAUGUGGCGCGUCCAGAUCGCACCGUAACUGUUGGUAAUGGCGGCGUCUAUAUUCAACGCAGUCGCCGCAGUCCCCAGUUCCAUGUGGAGCGACCAGAUCGCACCGUUGACUUUGGAAAUGGUGGCUUCUCCGCUCAACGUUUCCGCCGUGGGAUCAACGAUGCCCGCGUCCAGGGAGAGAACUUUGUGGCACGCCCCGAUCAGGCAGGGAUUUGGGACAAUAAUGUAUCCGUUUGGAAGCGCCCAGACGGACGUACUGUUACAAUCGAUAGUAAUGGUCAUACCAUCGUGUCCGGAAGGGGACGUCCUGACCAGCACUACUGAAAUGGUUCCAAAGAAAUAUAACUAGGCUUUAAAAUAUGAUUAAUUUGAGACUAUGUAUAUAGCACAUAAAUCACAUGGUAUCUGAAUACAAAAAUAUCCCGAAAACUAAA